UGAUGACGUAAAAUCGCCGCGACUCAUAACCGCUGGUAAACUCUAAACUAACUAGAAACAAACGUGACUCCCUGGAAUCGUCUGUGUUUAUUUAAUAAUUAGUUGACAGAGUGAAUAUUCGGGGAGAGCGUCUCUCUUUUAAUCCGACAUGAGUUCGUCAAUGCCGCAGAAGCGUUACUACAGACAGCGAGCCCAUUCAAACCCGAUGGCUUACCACACGUUUGAUUACCCUGUGUGUCCUGAGGAGAUGGACUGGUCCAAACUGUAUGCAGACUUCUUCACUGGAAACCCCUCUGAGAAAGAGACCCCUCGAGUUGAGUUUGCAGACAUUGGCUGUGGAUACGGGGGUCUUUUAGUGGAGUUAUCUCCGCUUUUCCCGGACAAGCUCAUCCUGGGCCUGGAGAUCCGAGUGAAAGUGUCAGAUUAUGUUCAGGAUCGUAUUCGGUGCCUGCGUGCCUCGGAACCAGGAAGCUACCAGAACAUCGCCUGCAUUCGCAGCAAUGCGAUGAAGUACCUCCCCAACUUCUUUUCUAAAGGACAGCUCAGUAAGAUGUUCUUCCUCUUCCCUGACCCUCACUUUAAGAAGACCAAGCACAAGUGGAGGAUUAUUAGUCCCACGUUGUUGGCAGAGUACGCCUACACGCUGAGAGUCGGGGGUUUGGUGUAUACCAUCACAGAUGUGGAGGAAGUGCACCUCUGGAUGGUGAAGCACUUCACUGAACAUCCGCUGUUUACGCGCGUCUCUGAUGAAGAACUGGUUGGUGAUGUCAUCAUAAAUCGUUUGGGUACCUGUACAGAGGAAGGAAAGAAAGUCCAGAGAAGUGGAGGGAAGAAUUUCCUCGCAGUUUUCCGGAGGAUCGAGGAUUCAAACUGAGACCAAACACUUUGGACAUGCAAUGAACUGAAAUAAUGGUCUUAUGCAGUCAUCUCUUCAUGUACGAUAAUGCUGCUCUGUGGAUGAGGAGGCUGCCCCCCACCCCCCCAGCGCAUAACAAGUGAUGGUGUGAUUUUUUUUUCUGGCAUUAUUUGACAAACAUUUACAUUAUUACCCAAUAGUGGAUUUGUGUUUGAGUUUUUAUAUAUUUUAUUCAUUAGCUCACAAAAGACAGCACAAGGGAAGUACUGUAAAUCAUAAAUGCAUCACUAUUCAGACUAGACUCAUUAAUUGAUAUCUUUUUUUCUUUUUUCUUUUGCCAAACUCCAAAGUGCUGUAACAAUUUCCUGUAAAGCUGUACAUUCUUUUAGUAAAACCAAAAAUCUGUA